UGUCUGAGCAAAGAGGAAGUAACCUGGGAGGUAUCAAUGUUAGCUUGACAGGGCUAUGCCCUGACGAGAAACCAUUUUUGUGUGAAAAAAUGUGUGCUGUAUUUUUAAUGAAUAAUGUGUCAGACUUUCUACCGUAAAGUCUUCGUCAGGAUGUUGCUUCUACUUGUUUGUUUUGUAUUUCUAGCCGAAGGUCGCUGUGCAGACUCUAACUAGUCUGUAUUAGCUCGGUGAAUAGCCUCUGUGGAGCUAAAGCGGCUAACAGCAGAGACUUAACCAGUGUUUUCGACGCUGAAGCUUUUAAAAGUUUGUGUUGUAGUGCUAGAACCCGAGUCAACACUCCGUGUUUGUGCGACUGGCCGGGGGAAGACCACCCCGUCUGUGGACACCUUUUCUUCGCCUUGUCGUUCAUCUGAGGACCGAGACACAGGGUACAGUUACAAACAUGUGAAGGUUGCAAACGAGGAUUGUGAAAAGGAGAAUUCCAAGUAGAGAGAGGAUGUCUGAAAUGAUGAAGGUUGAAGCAGAAGACCCUGGAGGCCUCAGUUUGGAGACCCCCAUACCUGCAGCAUCAACAUCAGAACUGGAACAGAAACAAGACAGCAAAGAUCUCAUCCAUCAGAUGUUGGUCAUUAAAGAAGAGGUUCCGCAUGACUGGAGUUCAAGUUUGAAUCCAGAAGACCUGCACAAAAAGGAAGAAGAGGAGGAACUCUGGAUCAAACAGGAGGUAGAGCAGUUCACUGUGAAGGUUGAAGAUGAAGAGAAACCUCAGUUAUUAGAACUUCAUCACCUCAAGCCUGAAGGUGACACAGAGACAGAUGCUCAAACCAGCAGCUCAGCUGUACAGAUAAAAGCAGACCCAGAUGGAGGGGAAUGUGUAGGACCAGAACCAGACAGAAACCCUGAUCCAGUAUGCCCUUCUCAAGAAAGUAAGAUGACUGUUCACAGAAAAAGUAAAACAUCAAAAGUACGUUCCAAACUUACAGCUCAGAUUGAAAUUAAUGCAGAAGAGAAACCAUUUGGUUGCAAUAUUUGUGGCAAAAGACUCAGACACAAGACUCAUGUUAAAUUACACAUGAUGAUUCACAGCGGAAAGAGAGAACAUAAAUCUGAUAUUUGUACCAAAGCAUUGAAAGAAAAGCGUUCUCCCCAGACGCACAAGAGAGUCCGAACUGGAGAGAAAGCAUUUGGCUGUGAGGAUUGUGGCAGAAAGUUUCAUGCAAAGAAAUUGUUUCAACAGCAUCUGAAGGUCCAUUCAGAAGAAAAACCUUUUUCUUGUGAUGUCUGUGGUACAAAGUUUAAAAGAAAGGAAACACUUAAAAACCACACAAGGAUUCACACGGCAGAGAAACCAUUUGUUUGUAGUGUUUGUAGUAAAGGGUUCUCACAACAGAUUCAUCUAAAGUGUCACAUGCGUGUUCACACAGGAGAGAAACCAUUUAUUUGUAGCUUUUGCAGCAAAGGAUUUGCAUUACAAGAGAAUCUAAAGAGACACAUCCGUGUUCAUACAGGAGAGAAAAUGUUUGUUUGUAGUUUUUGUAGUAAAGGAUUUUCACUGCAACAAAAUUUAAAGAGUCACAUGCAUGUUCACACAGGGGAGAAGCCAUUUAUCUGUAGUCUUUGCAGUAAAGGAUUUUAUCAACAUGGAGUGCUGAAGAGACACAUGCGUGUUCAUACAGGAGAAAAACCAUUUAUUUGUGAUGUUUGCAGUAAAGGAUUUUCAUUACAAGAGAAUCUAAAGAGGCAUAUGCAUGUUCACACUGCAGAGAAACUAUUCAUUUGUAGUGUUUGUAGUAAAGCAUUUUCACAACAGGAUACUUUAAAGAGGCACAUGUGUGUUCAUACAGGCGAGAAACCAUUUAUUUGUAGUGUUUGCAAUAAAGGGUUUUCACAACAUCAUCAUCUGAAAAAACACAUGGAUGUUCACACCGCACCGUUUAGCUGUAGCGACUGUGGUAAACAUUUUGUGAAGGAAGACCAGCUUCAGCGACAUGUAAGAGUCCACACGGAGGAGAGGCCAUUUGGUUGUGAUGUUUGUAAAACCAGAUUUAUUCAGAAGUGUCAUCUUGACAACCAUAUGAGAGUCCAUUCAGGGGAGAAACCAUUUGUUUGUAGUGUUUGCAGUAAAGCAUUUUCACAACAGGAUCGUCUAAAGAGACACAUGCGUGUUCACACAUGUGAAAAACCGUUUGUGUGUAAUGUUUGCAGUAAAGCAUUUUCACAACAAGGGAAUCUGAAGAGACACAUGAGUGUUCAUGUGGGCUGCACGUAGUAAAGAAAACCUUGACAUGAAGUGGAUUAUCCUUCACUCCUUAUGGCAAAAAGACACAUCAUGCUGAAUUAUUUCUCUGAACAAACACACUUACAUAUAAAAUCUCUAAAUCUCUUAUAGAAAUGUCAAAAUAAAAGUUAAAUAUUUACAGGACUAAAUGCUUUAGUAUGAUGAGAAAACCCCAGAGCAGAGCACCAAUAAAUGUGGUCUAUUCAGAAACUCUACCAUCGUAACGGGGUGGGCAGUAUGGCACUAAAAUUAGAUCUUGAUAUUUCAAGGAAAAAUAAUCAAAACUUAAAUGGACCACUCUGUUUGUAAACAUUGUCUAUUUUCCAGUCGGUAUUUGCUGGCUGAUUUUUGUAUAUUGUGAACAGACAAUAUACAUUGCUGCCAAGCCAAGGGCAGACAGAGGAUGGCGCUGUAGAAGAAGUGUGGCCUUUAUAAACAACUAAACUGGUUCAUGUUGUAAAUCAGUGGUUGCUACUGUUUGCUGUUUUUAUAUAAACACAUUCUGCAACUUAACUAAAGAUGAUAUAUAGGUUUGUGAAAUGUGUCAUGCUGGAUCUGUAGCACUGGUACAGCAUGCCCUCUAUGAACAUCAUCUACACUGUUUAUAUUAUUAGACCGAGUGAUGCUGUUUGCCUAAAUGCUAGGUCUGCUAACACACAGCUUUCCUGCCAUUAUUCUAUAGAUGUUAUAGUUGUAAAAAAGACACUGAUACAAAUUAGUAUCUACAUGACUGACUUGACCUCUGCUUGUUAUUAACUCCAGAAACCUGAAAGUUUACUUGAUUUGAAGUGAGCCUACUCAGUACAUUUAAUGGCCUGCAACCAUAAAUGCCUGCGGUUUGCCUCAAAGGAUUUCUUUGAUGAAGGUAUUCUGAAGGCCACUUUUCCUUUCAUUCCUGCCUUGGCAGACAGCUUUUCAGAGUUAGACACACUGAUAAACUCAGAGAAGGUAUGCAAUGAAGACACAAGCGAGUCAAAGUUAUCUUUGGCUGGCCAGGGAGAGACAGAUCAUUAUCUCAGAGGAGCUACCCUGUGUCACAGCCUUUUAUUAAAGAAAGAAAAAACACUCAUGUUACAGCAUCGUGGGUGUGGCUACACACAGUUUCACUAAUACAAGUCCUACUGAAUAAAACUGGUCCUGUCCAUAUACUGAUACAGCACACACAUCCACAUCUGGCAUCCAAGUCCACAGAGAUUGUCUGGGAUGCGAACAGUAUUCUUCCCAGAACUCCUCCACACACGCACACAAACACACAAAAGUUCUUGCUCAGUCUGCAUAGCAACCACCCAAAUGCAACUCUAAGACAAGAUGACAAUUGUGUUAAUAGUUCAUUAAAGUACUUAGAAAACAAAUGUGAAAAGUAUUCAAACCACUUCUAUCAAAGGUCACCCAACUAAAUAAAUGAAAAUGUUUUUUAAUGGUAAAUCAUAAAGAUAAAGAAUCUUUUUAAACUAAGCAAUGAUAAUUCAUGUACAAAUCUUCCAACACAGCUGCACAACUAGACAUUUUCUAGUGGUUCUGGGUACUGUUAUGGUUAUAUUUUGCUUAUUUCCGGUGAUUUGCUGCUACCUGUUGGUGGAAGAAUACAGACUGAUGUAACUGUGUCACCAACUCCUAAUUACUCUAUAAAGGUUCUUAAAAUAAUUGGUGAAAAAAUGUAUAAUCGCUAAUGGUCGCAUUAGCAACAUUUAUUAAUUCAAAUAGUAUUUGUAUUUAACUUUGUACUGCAAAGACAGGCAUUCUUAAGUUCAUUACAUCCUCAGUGGAACCUUUUCCACCAAUCUGGUUCCAGUGCUUAAUCGAUGCUGAUGCUUAAGCACCUGUUCUUUCUGGUUCCACUGAGAUUAACCUUGUUUGGCGCCCUGAGAAACUGGAGCUAUCCCAGCCCCAGUUUGCUGCUGGGCCAGAACAAAGAAACCCUUUUUGUUUAAGAGCCUGAUAACUGCUGUUCACGGGGAACAGCAGUUAUCAGAACUGUGAAUUUAAAACUGAACGUUCGUUUUGUUUUUGAUUGGUCAAAAUUAUAACAAAAAAACCACAAAGACACAGCGCUUUGAUGAAAAUAAAAUGUCGGAUUAGCAUCAGAUUAACAGAUGUCUAACAGUUUAUUUUGAAAUCACCCUUCAUGGAGUUUCAGCAGGUCAAUUCCCUGCCCACAGCUGCACUCACAGCUGAUUACAUUUCCCUCUGAAUCCAUAAAUGUUAUUUUUGACUCAGUUCUUAAACACGGUUGGUCUUUCUGUUGGUCAGCAGGUGAGAGAUCAUCUGAUCAGAACUGUGUUGCCUUCAUAAGCAACGUUGGUUGUUUAAAACAGCAUUAACUAAUUAACAUGAGGAUGAUUAUAGCAUCUAUUUGCACUUAUAGGUUAAACAAUAUUACUCGUAGUUAAUUUGUCUCCAUGCACCAUGAACCUUCACUAAACAGAAUAAAAUAGAGGGAGGGUUAAACAAUAAAUGAAUGAGACAUUUAUAAUGACACAGCUCUGUCUGGGCUCUCCAGUGGAGGAAAUCGUGAGACACUUUUCUUCUUUUGCCUCUUUUCCAUUCGAGGUUCUAGCAACAAAUGGCUCCACUCCACACGAUCUCGCUCUACUCCAGACGAAAGCUAUUGUUUUUCCAUUGACUCACUGACAGCUGGAGUUAUGGCUUGAAACCCCACCUCUAGCCGUAAGUCAUACACUGUGCUGUUAUUAAGCCUUACUGUCUUAUGGUUCUCUGUCAGCCUACCAAACAUGAGGUAAGUUCCAAGCACAAACAUGUGAAGCAAAAUAAACACUCACUAUUGGACAUCAUGUCCUCCAACAGUGAUGUGGAACCACCACCACCACCCGCAUAGGUUUCAUUUGGACCCACUCCAGACAGUAUGGUUCUUAAUAUUUUGGUAGCUGCGCUUACGUUUUUGGAGCUUUUCCCGGCACUAUGUUGUGCAGUAAAAUACAUGGCUUGUCAUUCUCUCUGUGACCUAACACUUUCUCCUGCCACUGACAUAUGGUUGACCACGAUCAUGGCCAAUCAGUGAACAGCAAUCUGUUCACGUCACAUGUAGUCCAGACUCAGCCCAGGUCGGUCCUGGUCAGGAGCAGGGACCAAAAGCGUAGGUACCGUACGGAAAAGCCAGUAAUGGAAACGAUUGCAAAACAGGCUGAGUGGAGCUGGCCAAAGUAGAGCCCAUGGAAAACGGGCAUAUCAGGUAAAAUUUCAUACUCAUGUUAUGGUAAUUGCUCUUAUGUUGCCCAGAAUCAGCUUUCAAAGUAAAACCUAUUUUAUGAUACUGGAAACAAACCAGUAUGUUGAAAGUAAUAAAUGGAAAUAAAAAUUAGAAAACAGUUGUGCAAGUGAGUUCGUUUUUAUAAAUGUGAAAAGUAUCCAAAUUUUCGAUCAGUUCUGGUCGGUAAACAUUCAAAUCUUCAGCUUUGCUAAUAUGGUUUAAAACUUCUUCAUGUUUCCUUAACUUACCCCCAAAUGGAUAAGCCUCUGAGGUUUUUAUUUAUGUUUUUCUCUCAUUUUUAUUUUCCCUGAGGUUACUAGUUAUUGUGCUGCAUAAUAAAUCAUUAAAGUGCUACAAAGGAUGUUUCUCUGUAAAAAUGUUGGUUCUUUUUCUCUGUUUUUACUUUGGUCACACUUGUUUAAACAUUAUUCUUUGUUUUGUUUUACUUCUAUUCAAUUUGUUAAAAACCUAUUUAAUAAUGUUUAAAAGCUGUGUUCAAACUGAUUUUGAUUCUAUAAUUGUAAAUAAAUUGGAUUCAUUUGUCUUGUAAA